UCCUGACUUUUUGUCCUUCACAAUGUUAGUUGGCGAAGUUUCUAUGUUAAGAAAUUAUGGUUUCCACAUUCCAUUCUCCAUCUCCGAUUUCAUCCUCUUUAUACAAAACCUAAAAUCCCUCUCUCUCUCUCUCUCUCCCCCUCUCCCUCUCUCUCCAUUCUUUUUUAUGAGAAUCUCGCAAUGCUAGGCGGCGGAGGCUCAUUCAGAGGUGCCCGAGAUUUCUACGAACACAACAACAGCAACAGCAUCCCACGUUCCAACGAGCUCAUCAAAUCCCCCUUCGACGACUCCGACAUCUCCCCUUUUCCCUCCUCCUCCUCCUCCACUGCCGCCGCCACCGCCAACCAACCCAUUUUCCCUUUAAUGGACACCGACCCCGACCCCGACCAUUCCUUCUUCGAACCCGCUUCUACUUCUCCUUUCACCAGAUCCCCAUGGUCCUCCCAUUUGAACUCCGAUGCCUUACCUUCCCCCGCUGACGACACUUCCUUCCUCCCCAAUAUCCUUAUGGGUUCUCUCGUCCGCGAAGAGGGUCAUAUCUACUCUCUCGCCGCUGUAGGGGACCUUCUCUAUACCGGAUCCGACAGCAAGAACAUACGUGUUUGGAAGAACCAUAAGGAAUUUUCCGGUUUUAAAUCCAAUAGCGGUUUGGUUAAAUCCAUUGUAAUCGGCGGGGGAAAGAUCUUCACCGGUCAUCAAGACGGUAAGGUUCGGGUCUGGAAAAUCUCGAGUCGUGACCCAAGUGUUCAUAAACGAGUUGGGACUCUCCCCACUUUAGGCGAUUACAUCAAAUGUUCGAUGAAACCCAGUAAUUAUGUGGAAGGGAGACGACGGAGGAGUCUCUGGAUUAAACAUUUCGAUGCGAUUUCGUCACUGAGUUUAAGCGAGGAUCAAUCGUUUUUGUACUCUGCUUCAUGGGAUAAAACUUUUAAGGUCUGGAGAGUUUCCGAUUCGAAAUGCUUGGAGUCAAUUCAGGCUCAUGACGAUGCUGUUAACACUCUGGUUUCAAGUAUCGAUGGAUUGGUUUACACCGGGUCAGCCGACGGUAGCGUUAAGGUGUGGCGGAGGGAGCUUCAGGGGAAGGGAACAAAACAUUUUUUCUCACAAACUUUGGUUAAACAGGAAUGUGCGGUUACUGCUCUAGCUGUCAACGAUGACGCUACUUUCGUUUAUUGUGGUUCCUCCGACGGGGUUGUUAACUUUUGGGAGAGGGAGAAAUCGUUGUCCCACGGCGGUGCUUUGAGGGGUCAUAAGCUUGCAAUACUCUGUUUAGCUACCGCCGGACGUUUAUUGUUGAGUGGCUCAGCGGAUAUGGGGAUUUGCGUUUGGCAGAGGACGGCUGCAGAACAUAUUUGUUUGUCGGUGUUGACGGGCCACACCGGGCCGGUGAAAUGCUUGGCCGUAGAGAAGGACAGUGAAGCCGGUGAAGGUGAACGGCGGUGGAUUGUUUAUAGUGGGAGUUUGGAUAAGUCGGUGAAGAUGUGGAGAGUAUCGGAACAACCACCGGCGGCCUUCCAAAAACAGCCGUCUUUCAUGCCGGAAUGCUCUCCGACCGCCGGACUCUUGUUAUCUCAAUACAUUGCUAUCAAAGCAUUGUUCAAUCUUGAAAGUAUCUCAAGCGGUUGGUGGUGCAUUACAGAAUCUAUAUCAUCUCGGAUUUUAGGUUUGAAAACGUUACAAUUUCGAUACGAAUAUAUUUCUUAUUUUAAAAAGGUUAUAUUAGUAUUAAAUUUCUCUAAACUUUCCAAUAUUGUAUUUAAUAAGUUUUUAAACUCGGAAAAACAAUAAUCAAAAGGCUUUUUUAAAAAACUUUGUACAGUUACGUCUUUUAAAGUUUUAUAAGUGUGUAAUAAAGUCUUUAAACUUUUAAUUUGAUGCGACUUAAAUUGCGACUCAUUAAACGUUUAAAGAAACUAUGUAUGAUAAUAUCAACUUUAACCCUUUUGAAAUUGAGAGUUUAAUUUCACAAGGAGAUAUAUUGAACACAAAUUGUAAAGAGUUUUGGAAUAAUAAUUGUAAUUUAACUUAACAAUUCUUAUAAUAAUAAAUUGAAAGAAAUUCAUGAAAUUCCGGCCCCAUUUGUUAAGUGUUGUGUUCUUGCUACUAAUUUUUUGGUUAGAUAGCUAAUGAGAUUUUUAGUGGUGUACAAACACCUACGAAAUGAAUGUUUGAGUAUUCGUACUGAGAUUAUUACGUAUUAUAAUGUAAUCAAAAAUUCAUGUUUGAAUUGAAACUUUCAAACUCAAAUUACAAUAUUAAAUUCAUUUCAUUCUUUUUUUACUUCAAUAAUUCUUUUUUUUUAUUUGCAUUAUGGUUGUGAGAGUGAAAUGUUGGUGUUGAUUUCCUUGUACUAAAUGUUGGUGUUGAUUUCCUUGUACUAGACUUGUGCAUAAAUUUUGAUUUGUCUAAUUAUAUUUUAUUGUUUAAUUCAUAUUUUGGUUUUGUAAA